AUGAACUUUCUGUUCACUUGGAUCCACUGGGGGCUGGCGGCGCUGCUCUAUCUCCACAACGCCAAGUUGUCGCAGGCCGCUCCGACCCUGGGGGAUGGGGAGAGGAAACCCAAUGAAGUUAUCAGGUUCCUGGAGGUCUAUGAGCGCAGCUUUUGCAGGACGAUUGAGACCCUGGUGGACAUUUUCCAGGAGUACCCCGAUGAGGUGGAGUACAUCUUCAAGCCAUCCUGCGUACCCCUGCUGAGGUGUGCAGGCUGCUGUGGUGACGAGGGCCUAGAAUGCGUCCCCAUGGAGGUGCACAACGUCACCAUGGAGAUAAUGAGAAUUAAACCCCAUCAGAGUCAGCACAUAGUGCACAUGAGCUUCUUACAGCACAGUAAAUGUGAAUGCAGACCAAAGAAAGACGUCAAAGCUAAACAAGAAAAAAAAUCAAAGCGAGGAAAGGGGAAGGGGCAAAAGAGAAAGCGCAAGAAAAGCCGGUACAAACCGCUCAGCUUUCACUGUGAGCCUUGCUCAGAGAGGAGAAAGCACUUGUUUGUACAAGAUCCCCAGACCUGUAAAUGUUCCUGCAAAUUCACAGACUCACGUUGCAAGUCGAGGCAGCUUGAGUUAAACGAGCGCACUUGCAGAUGUGAAAAGCCGAGACGGUGA